GGUAAGAAAUGUUGACACCUGAGGUACACGCCGGCGCGCUCUGAUCACAAUCGGUCAUUACGAUAAGUUGACAGCACAGACAUGGUAAAGGUACCACAUAAAUGAUCAGUGGGGAGUAAGCGAUGGAGCGAUGGAUUUGACAACUUUUCAAACACACCCUCCGGACAAGAGAAAGAAGGCACGGAUGCUGAAGCCCAUAUCAUCGGUGGGGCCAGACUUGGACCAUCUGGAGGCUGAACGGAACAUUCCUUCUGACCCUCUGGACAACAGAAAAAGACGUACCAUCCUCCUAAAGAAGGACAAUGACUCCUGGGGAUUCACUAUACAGACAUAUGGAUUUAAAAACAAGAAAACGGGAGAGAUAGAAGUUUAUACAUAUGUGGAUUAUGUUGCAUUAAAUGGACCAGCACACAUAGCAGGCAUGAGAAGAGGGGACAUAAUUUUGUCUGUCAAUGGAAAGAGUGUAGAAUUUGCAACCCACCAGGAACUAGUAUCUGUUAUCCAAUCAAGUGGAAACCAGGCAAGAAUGGUUGUGUUAUUUGUGGAUUGUUGUAAAAAGGUUGAACUCCAUGACAGAUUAAUAAAGCUAAAGAGGUUACUCAGUAUGAAGAUCAAAGAACUCAGGGAUGUAGAGAGGCAGGAGAGAGAACUCAUGGAUGAGUUUUGCUCAAAUAGAGGCCUUGACAGGUUUGACAAUUACAGACAAAGUGUUCUCAGUAUCCAGUCUCGAGAUUCCAGUCUGGACAGGUUCAGCAUUAUAACAUCUAACAGCAACCUGUACGACAUUCCAAACACAGCCACCCUCCAUCUGGAUACAUCCAAUUCAGAGAGGUCCAGUGAUGAGAUGAGUGAUUCUACUGAUGACACGGAAUGCUUUCCUGAUGUGAAUUAUGCUGAUGAUUCUGAUGGAGACUCUGGGAUUUCUUAUGAGGAUUUUCCUCGUUCAGAGAGGAGAAACACCAUCAUUGACUGUAAUAAAUUCAGUGAAUUUGUCAGAGAGAGGCGUGGAACAUUAGUGGGUCCUAUGUGCGAGUGUGUAGGGGACAGUAUCUGUCAAUUUUGCGAAUUAAGACAACGUUCAGAAUCCCUAGAAUCCCCUUCAUCUGAGUGCUCAGAUGAUUCCACACCAGUUCUGGACCAAUCAGAUGAUACACAAAAAUUUGACCAAUCAGAAGAUACCACAACAGUGCUGGAUCAGUCUGAAGAUGCCACUCCAGAACAUGACCAAUCAGCAGUUACCACUCCAGCACUUGACCAAUCAGCAGAUACCACACCAGCAUUGAACCAUUCAGAGAAAUCAACACUAGUGCUGGACCAAUCAGAAGAGACAGUAGAAUGUGAAGAUUCCAAUAAUAGUCUCAUCCACACUGGUAUUUCUGAGCCUGAUCCAGAUAGAAACCCUGAAAUUUCAGAGGAAGUUUUCCUAACAUCCAGUGAAGGUGCAGAUAAAGAUAAUAAUUCAUUAGUUCAGUCUUCCAUUGACAAUAGUUUGCCUGCUGGUCAGGUAAUAUUUAAUGAGGAAUCACCGGAGACUGAGGAAGUCACAACCACUGAUGAUGUCUGGGAUUUCCCCUUCUGGACAGAAGGUUCAGUUUGUAUCAAUCUAGAUGAUGAGCAAACCAAACUCUGAUGCAUGUACUUAACAGUCAUUGUAUCAAAUUAAGAUUCUAUAUUCUCAUUUUAUGCUUUGAUUUUUAGUCAAGUUAACAUACAUGCCUGAUGUCCUAACACAUGUGUAGAGCUUUUCUUAAUAAUUUAGUCAAAUGGACAAUUGCUUCACCUUUUCCACACCUUUUUCAAAUACAUUAUAUUUAUGAAUUAAAAAUAUGAAAUUGCAAUCCUCUCAUUCUGAGUUCUGUAAACAUGGAGAGAAUAUUUUGUUGUGUAGAAGGUAUUUUUUAUUUAGCUAUCAACUUGUCCAUUUUUCUAUAAUUUAUUUACCUCUUACUAUGGUUUAACUUUUCAUUAAAUAUGACUUGAAUAUUUAAAUAUUGAAUAUAGGGAAAUAUGGGUUGUUUAAAUGUAUUUCAAUAAUUAAGAGUAUUUUUUGGAAGAUUACUUCUUUAUAGUGCUGGUCACUAUCAAAGAGGAAUAGUUCAUUUGAGAUUUUUUUCCUUUUUUGGUUAAAACAAAGUGCCAAAUCUUUGUUUUAUAAAUAAAUUGUUGAAACAUUUUUGCAUAGGAAUAUGUGCACACAGAAAUACUCCACUAGGAAAAGUCAUAAUAAAUUGUUGUCUGGUAACUCUAAGUAUUGUGUGAGACCCUGACUCUGGGACCAUAAACUUUCACAAUUUUAGAAGAGGUACUGUUAUUCAUCAAAAACAUUAUGUAAAUGACAUGACAAAUUCUCAGUUUCACCAUGUAUAUGCAUGUGCUUGUUGUUUUGUGAGAGUUUAAAAAAGGAUUUUUUUUUUAUCAGAACAUUCAUUUAUAUCUUACUUAAAAUUAAAAAAAAAAUUAACAUAAUAUAAAAAUCUUUUUGAUGCAAGAGUUAAUUUUUUUUUCAGAGAAAAAGCUUCUUUUUUUUCAUUUUUUUCUUACAAUAUCAAUCAGAUUCUAACCUGCGUAGUGUUCCAAUUCAUUUGGAAGUUAAGUUUGUAAAAUUGUGAAUCUAGAAUGUUUUACAUCUAACAGGAAAAGUUUUUUACGGUUCUACAGCCUUAAGCUUGGACAAUCAACACAUUUGGAUUGUGUAUUGAUUGUAACUAGCUGUAAGUUGAUAUUUAGUUAUUAACUUCCUGUACUUUAACAUCUAACAUUUCCCCUUGGUUUAUUUUUUUUUUUUAUCUCAUUCAUAUUUGAUUUGUUCAUUGGGAGAAGUAAAUUCAGUUUAAAGUGCAAAUUAAAGUUCAGAAUGAACAUUACUUUUUAUGGUGCUGUUUACAAACAUGUGUGCUAAUCAAUGUGUCUUGUUAAUUAUUUGUCAUAACUCUUUGAUGUACUCUUAUUUAUGACUGCUUUUCUGUUUUGUUUGAUUUAUUUAUUUUAUUCUAUUUUAUUUUUUUUUAUGAUGUCAAUAGUGCUAUUAUACAAUGUGAUUCAUGUUUCAUACAGAUUUUACAUUUAAUUUAAUUAUGGUGUAUAUGACAUUAAGAGCCAUAUUCCCGAAUUGUUUAAUAAUCUUAAUGGUUCAUUAACCACUUGCUCUCUUUAACAGAGACCUUGUGAUUUCCAUAUUAAAAGCUGGCUUUUUCUUACACAUGAAAAAAAAAGAGAAAAUAUAAAGAAAAAAUAGACUGUUGGUUUCCCAUUUAAAAUGGAACUUCUG